AACUGUAAAACGAGCCCAAGCUCAAUCCGAGCAGAGCAAAUCCAAGAAAAAAAUCAAGUUAGAGAAUCAAAACAGAAAGAGUCAAGUGGCAGUGAAGAAUUUGCUAGAAUCGUCUAGCAAAUCAUUAACCAGACAAAAAAUAAAAAAAAACCCCUUGGGAUAAUUUAAUUUGUCAUCAAAGACGAACACAACGGCAGAGCAGAGUGCGAUAGUACCAUAUAUAGGAUAUCAGCACAGACUUAGAAAAGCAAAAUCUUGGAGAAAGUGGUGGAAUGGUAGAUGCCAUGGAACAUCGUACUACAGACACAGAGAUGUCUGAAGUGACUGCACCGCCGCCGCCGCUUCAAGUCCCAGAUGACAACAACAACGUGAGAGGGUUGCUCACAUUGGCUCGCCAACUCAUCAGUCAAGGCAAACCUUCUCAAGCUCUUCAGGCGGUGGUAAUGGCAAUGAGAACCAAAGGUGGGGAUCAAGCUGUAUUUCAAUCCUUGCAUCGUGCUCGUGAGUUGUAUUUGAACAGGCUGCAAGAGAACACUGCUGUUGAUCAACUGGCAUCUUUGUUUGCUGAAUGUGCAAUUGCUGAAGCCCAGCCUUUACAAGCUGAACAAACUCCACUUAAUGUAGGCGCCUCAUCAUGUUCAGCUGAAUCCGAUGUUCAUGUACACUCAAUACUUGCCGAAACUGGCAGGACACAAAUAGUGUUGGAUGCAUUCUCGGAUGGGAGCAGUUUCAUAUGCCUACAAUGUGGUGGCCUUGUAAGUAAUCAUCGCAAAGACGAGCAUUAUGCAUACUGGUGUGGCAAACCCUGAAGCACAUGAACGUGGAAUGAGUUUUUGCUCCGUGAUGCAGUGCUUCUCAACAUGCUCAAUUAGGAUGCUACUUUCCUAUAUCUGCUGCAUUGAACUGCACCGUUGCUUUUGAGUCUUCAGCAUUUCAUCUUCUUAUACGCCUGAUGUGGUCAUUGCCAACGAAAACUUUAAAUGCUUGACUUGGGAUAUAGAGGUCCAGUUUUGGUUUAAAAUUGGAGUGGAUUGAAAAGAAAUGCACCCUUGUAAAACUUGUUAUAGAAAGCUUUUACUAUUUAGUGGUUAAAUCAUCAAUUUAAAUGACAACGAUGACUUGUAUCAACAGUGUAUCCUGUAUGUGUAUUUUUGAAGGCAGUUAGGCCUUAUUGUCUCUG